GCCUGUGGUCACGUCCAUGACAAAAUGGCUGCUUUACAGUCUGGUCAAUCUUCGAGAUUUGCAGGAGUAAAAACGUUUAGUGAGAAGUUCACACAACCUGAAUUGGAUGAGCAAGGACGAGUUCGAAAGGUUGAAACCAGAGAAGAUGAUGAACAAAAUAUAAAGCUGUCAGAGAUAAUUGAGCUCUUACUUGCUGCCGGUUACUUCAGAGCUCGUAUCAAAGGUCUCUCAUCUUUUGACAAGGUUGUUGGAGGAAUGACAUGGUGCAUAUCUGUCUGUGACUUUGAUGUUGAUGUUGACCUCCUUUUCCAAGAGAACUCUACCAUUGGCCAGAAGAUUGCCUUGACUGAAAAGAUUGUAGCUGUCUUGCCUCGUAUGAAAUGUCCUCAUCGCCUUGAACCUCAUCAAAUCCAAGGAUUAGAUUUCAUCAACAUCUACCCUGUUGUGCAGUGGCUUGUUAAACGUGCAAUUGAAAGAAAGGAAGAAAUGGGAGACUACAUCAGGGAGUUUUCUGUUUUCCAGUUCAAUAAGUUUCAUACCACUCCCAAGGAUGAUGAGUUCAAUAUGAAAAAACCAAAAUGCUUGGAAACCAUGACAGAGCUCAAGGAUACCUACAAGCCAAAGAGAACCUAUCGCAAGCCAGGAGACAGUGCUGUUGAAGAUGAGGAGACAAGGGUCAGGACUACUCUACUAGAAUAUGGAUGGCAAUUUGGCUUUAGUAAAGAAGAAAGAGAAAAGGACAAGGAGAAAAAAGAGAAAAAGAAAGCAGCAGCUGCUGCAACAGGUCGGAAGAGGGCACCUUCUGGGGGAGAAGAAGAUGAGUACCUCGUUGAGCAGAAACGUCUGUCAUCAUUGUUGAAAGGAAUGUCAGCCAUGGAAGGAAAAGAGGGAGCACUGUCAUCAAGUGCUGUUGGCUCUAUUGUGGAUUUGCAGUCUGAACAGAUCUCACAGAUGGCAUCUGAGUAUGCCGAGAGACAAGCAGAGCUCCAGGAAGGAAUAGAAGGGAGAGGAGAAAGAGUUGGAGGUGUUCAAGCUCAUAAGAGGAUGGUUGCUUCACUUGAGAAGCAAAUUGCUCUGCAAGAAAAGAAACUUGAACAGAUCACCGAAAAGCAAAAUCAACUUCAGGUGUCACUAGAUGAAUCACACGAACAACUGAACCAGGUUACGGCGAGAAGUGACAGAAUAGAUGAAGAAAUGGCCAAGCUAUCAGAGAUGGAGAAAGGAGAGAAUGCGGUAAUCCUUGAUAGGCUUCGUUCUCUUGUUGCCAUGAAUGAAAACCUCAAGAAACAAGAGCAGCAGUUCAGAGCACAUUGCAAGGAAGAGAUGACUCGUCUCCAGGAGAACAUUAACAAGUUGAAAUCAGAAGAAGGUGAAGAAGACAGUGAAGAGAAGGAGCGAAUGGAGAGAAUCGAAAAGCAGUACGAAGCUGAUAAAGCGAAACUUCAAAACAUUCGAUUGUUAUUGGCACGCAAGAACAGAGAGAUAGCAGCACUGCAGAGAAAGAUCGAUGAAGUACCUUCACGAGCUGAACUCACGCAGUACCAACGUCGCUUUGUCGAGCUUUAUAACCAAGUUGCUGCAACUCAUAAAGAAACCAAGCAGUUCUUUACUCUUUAUAACACUCUUGAUGACACUAAACUUUAUCUGGGAAAAGAGGUUAAUCUACUCAACUCUAUAAACGAAAACUUUGAACAAGCCAUGUCUUCUCCUGCUAACAAGGAACAGUUCCUUAAUCAGUUUGAUCAAAUUGUCAAAGGUGUCAUCACGAACAAAGAAAAGGUUGAGAAGAAAAGGGCGAGCGAAAAGCAACGACGUGACGCCCUGAAUGACGAGUACCUUGACCUACUGGACAAACAGCGUCUCUAUUACAAGACUGUCAGAGAUUUUACAGAGGAAUGUCGGAAGAACGAAAUCCUCCUUUCAAAGCUCAAGAGUCUGAAGGUCCAGUAAUCAGCCCAGUAGUCACCCUACUAUCCAAGGACUUUCUUCAGAUAAGUCUGUCUGUCUGUCCGGUCUUUUUUUGUUCUUUUUUUCCCGUAUCUUUAUAAGGAGAAUUAAUUUUUUUUAAUAGAAAAAUCACAUAGAAUGACAAAAUAUAUCUAUGAUCUAGAUAACCAAUAAUACUAGAUGUUCUUAACAUGAAAUAGAAAAAUGUGAUGGGGAAAAAAAUAAAACAAAUAUAAAGUUA